UAUACGUGCGUGUGACGUAGCAGCUGUGGCAGUGGAUGGCAAGUUGGUGAGAGUGGCGGGCGGAAGUAUCCUGGAAACAGAAGCCAAAGAAGGGAUGGAGGACAAAGUUCUGCGGUACGAGGGCUUUGUUAGUGACGUGCUUCAGCGGGAUCUUUUGCGGGUCCUAGAGAAUCGAGAUGCUAUAUAUGAGAAAAUUAGCCAAUACUUGCAGCUGAAGAAUGUCAUUGAGAGACUACAGGAGGUGGGUUCUGAACCACUCGAAACUCAGGUGGACCUGGGAAGCAACUUCUUUGUGAACGCCCAGGUUCCUGAUUCCUCGAAGAUUUUUCUUGCGUUGGGGUUUGGAUUUUAUGCAGAACUAACCUUGGAAGAAGCUCUAAAGUUCAUUGAAAAGAAAAGCAAAAUACUGACCGAAAUAAGCGACAAUUUAUCGAGAGAUGCGGCUAAUAUUAAAGCUCACAUCAGAGUGGUCCUAGAGGGUCUUCGGGAAUUACAGGGUCUACCAGGUGAUGAACAACCAUCUGAUUGAAGGCAACACACAAGGAGCACUUGGCCAUUAGUGGCUGGAAACGCCAUAUUGGCAGCGAUAAAGGCACGCAGCGCCAGUGUCACUUUGUGCGUCUAUUGGAUUCUACUCUUGGAUUUGCUUGUGUUCCUGUGUGUGACUGGGUCUAUGUGUGUGUCUGUGCUGAACUGUUUGUAUACAAGGAACAGAAGCUGUAACUAGAUUUUGUACAGUCUAAUAAACAUAUUCAACGUUAAAA